AUGAAAUAUCUUUCUAGAUAUCUCACCGAUGCUCUUCAGGACAAUUCCAUCAAAGGCAUUAAAGUGGCUGCUCUUUCUCCAUCCAUUAAUCAUCUGCUCUUUGUAGAUUGCUUGAUCUUUACUCAAGCAAAUAUCACUUCCGUUAAUAAUUUACUGGAAUUACUACACAAUUUCAGUACUCAAUCAGGUGAAGUCAUUAAUUUUGAAAAAUCAGCAGUUCAUUUUAGUAAGAAGACUAAACCUGAAGUUGCUAAUACCCUGACGCAAAUUCUUGGAGUUAAAGUCAUGAACUCAAAGGAAAAGUAUCUUGGUUCUCCGUUAAUUCUUGGUCACUCAAAACAGGAAUCAUUCAAAUGCAUAAAGGAAAAUUUUGAAAGAAAAUUCUCUACUUGGUCAAGUACUUCUCUUUCCCAAGCAGGUAGAGGUACCAUGAUCAAACAUGUUCUUAACUCAGUUCCUAUUUACCAAAUGGGUACUUUCAAGCUUCCUAAUAAUAUCCUACAACAACUCACUGCAAUUGAAAGUAAAUUUUUCUGGGCUUACAAUAACAAUAAAGGUUCAAAUCCUAUAGCAUGGAUGCAUGUUUGCAAGACCAAAGAUCAAGGUGUUUUAGCAUUCAGACAUUUGGAGAAACUGAACUUUGCACUACUCACUAAGCUUGCUUCGAGAAUAUGCAGUGAUUCAAGCAGUCUUAUGUCCAAAGUAUUAGGAGGUAAAUACUUCAAAGAAGGAGAUCUCUUACAUCAAAAUACUUCAAUCAAGAAUUGUUCUUAUUCUUGGAACGGUAUUACAGAAGGCAUUGAAAUGGUGAAGGAAAAUUACUUUAUGGAGAUAAAUAAUGGGAAGAAAACAAAAACAUGGAAGGAAAAUGGAUACCAGGCAUGA